AUGGUGGUGAAAAUAGCAAGGAAAAUAACAAUUCAUGGACUUGGUAAAAUAAGUUGCAUUCCAGCUGAGUUGGCUACACAUGCCACAAAUGGUUCUGCAUGCGUGGAUACGAUAAACAACGCAGUCCAGCUAUUCGACAAAAGGCUUAAGCCACUGGUUGAUGACCUCAACAAGGAUCUGCAUGAUGCAAAGUUUAUCUACAUAAACACCACAAGCAUUACAUCUGGGAAUCUUUCAGAUCUUGGCGUGCUCUCUCCUUCCCAAGCCAGCGGCAACAACGUCUCUCUCUUUCACUCACGACUCACUCUCUCUCUCUCACACACACACACAAGAAACAGAUCAAGCCUUUGCCCUGUCUCCGUCUCUCUGUCGUCACCCAGUUCUCAUUCCUCUGAUAUUGACACUGUUUCCAGGCAAAAAGAGUUGUGUGAAGCUAUUGAAGAUCUGAUCUAG